AUGUCUCUUGACAGCCUCGGAUUCUGUUGCGUUCCGACUCAGGUUUCUCCCAACACAUGCCUGAUAUCGUGUCCAACCCUUCCCGUGCCACCGAGAUCUUCGCCAAAAAGCAGGGAACAAUCCAUGCCCGAUGGCAGCUUGUCGAUUUCCCUCCCGCUAUUCCCGGUCUUCCACCCACGCACUCACUUCAACACUCGCGGCUUGCCCUGCUUGCCGGCCGGCUUCUCCGUCUUUUCUUUUCAUUGUCCGGCCCGGGCCAGGAACCACGGCUAUCCACAGCUCAUCCCCUAA